AUGGCUGCUGUUCGACCUCGACCGUAUAGGCGCAUUUUGACCUCUGCGCUGCAUCGGAGGUUUGUUCAUGCCUCUGCUUUGGCGGUAUUGGUAUGCUACGUCGUCGCGUUUGCGAUUGGCGAUAAAUCGUCCUUCUUCUGGUCAUGGUUCCCAAUCGGCGGCUGCGGUAUUCGUACCGUUCUUCUCUUUCUCUCCUACUUGGUCGUCUUUGUCCUGCGUGUUGGUCAGAUGCACAUCGGCUCGAGAACGACCACUUCCUCGAUCAGUACCGUCAAACACCUCGUCCCUCUACACUUCAUUCAGACUUUCGGAUGGUACCUAUUCUCCGCCUGGUGGUUCAGCGAAAUUUACAAGUGGUCACGUCCUAUGAGUGCAGAGCUCGAGUGGGUGAAACGCGGCAAACCAUAUGAACGAGCGAGCUUGAACGAAAGGCCGCUUUACCUCUACAGUUACCAUAUGGCUUUGGCAGUUGUCCAGUCGGUGUUCCAUCUCUACCACGAUUACGAUCGCAUUCCCAUCACUAUCGCAAAACGCUCGCCUACCGCCGCGGAUCAAAGAACACAUCCACAGGAGUCGGUUUCCAAGAAGAUUCAGCUUGCCUUGCCUGGAUUUGUUCGAGAUGGAGUUAAACGGAGCGCAGUCGUUGCCGCCAUUUGUCCCGUCUUCUAUACCCUCUUCCUAAGACGCCCAGCAUGGAGCUUUACCAUGUAUUUUGCGAAACUGUUCUGGAACUUCCCACGGUCGGCUGCGGACCCCCCAGGACGCAUUCCUCCGAUUGGCCCAGGGUUGAUUUUCCGAUCUCUUGUUUCCGGAUCGUUGCUUGUCCUUUGCUGGCAAACCUCGAACCUGUUCUUUUCCGUGUUCAUCAGCAAGGAGCCUCUAAAGCGAGGCCGGCCUCUUACAGGAGACACCAAGGAUCCCAACGGAAGCUUGCUGGACGGAUUGAAGGCGAAGAAGGAGACUGUCAAGACGUUUGCAUUUUGGGAACUGUGUCUCAUCAGCCAGCAAUUUGCUGACCGCCGAAAAGCGAUUCUCAACGAUAUCGACCGCGAGGGUGGUUCAGCCUGGUCGCAGAUUCUGCAAUCUGCCACGGAGGUGAUCAAGGGUAUUUCUACCCGGAUUGAGGAGAAGACAAACCCACAAAGCGCCGCCCAGCCAGCCGAACAGACUCAACCAGUUAUACAGAACCUUCCGCGCUUAACGGAGCCUCCCAAGGAGGGCAACUUUUUUGCUUCAUCGCCCGAGGCAGCUUCGCGACGUGACAGAUUUGGAGAUGCUUUCAGCACAACGGCCAAGUCGUAUGGACAGUCGCCAGACUGGACGCCGGUGGCUCGUGCGAAAGCUCGCGAUGUUUUUGACCGUGCGUCUACUGCGGUGCUUAGUCCAGAGAGAAAGCAGAAACUGCUUGCAUCGACGCAGGAAAUUAGAUUGCUCACUGAUGGCGAUUCGACUGCCAAACCUGAGGAUGUCCACCCGUUGGUUGCACAGUUUCUCCGGUCACCACUGGGCCAACCUUUCCGGCAGACUUAUGGCCGAAGACUAUCUAGCAUCGUCCUUGGCUCGCCCUACGCGACGGUGAGCCCGAUCAUCGACGCCAUUGAAUCGCUGAACCGUCUCCUCGCCGCAAGUCUUCAAGAAGACAACUACGGCACAGUCCAGGGCGACGUCCCCACUGUUGUGCGUCUCUUUGCGGACACAAUCAAGACCCUUGAAGCCUUUAUCAAUGGCGGCUUAGAUGCACACUGGACGGAUGUCAACUUCCCUCCAUCGAGCAACCCGGAGGCACAAGCGGCGGCCCGUCAUGUUCCAAACGUGGACAUCGUCCUUGAUACGUUGAAGCGGUCGCUCGCAGACCUUUUGUCCGUGUUCAACCCGUAUCUGCGGGACAUUGGACUUGUUGGCAAGGAUCUGAGAUUGGCCAAGGAAGCAGCUGGGUUAUUUGAAGAUGUUGAGAUGUCAAUGUCAUAG